AUAACGUGAGGGGCCUGUGAGCUGUCAUGGAGGAGACUGAACAGGAUAUCAGGGAGAAGCUGGCAGGUGAGUCUGGCUCCUGUUGGCAACACAGCCCUCGAGGGGAAUAGUGGUGGAGGGUAGUUGGGGAAGUGGCGGCUACUGGUGUAGGCAGUGGGCCAGUCAUGAACAGGCACUUGGCACAGGGCUCUCUCCCAGGACCAGUUAUACAAACACAAGCAGCCAGCAGUGCCUGGUACUAACUGGUGCUAGGCGGACCUCCUGAGCAUUCCUUUUUCUGCCCACCAUCCAGUGAGCUAGGGUUUAUUAACCUCAUUUUCCUGGUCAGAAAACAGUGGGUACAGAGCUCUCCCAAGGUGCCAAAGGAAGGACUCACCACCCAGUUACGUUUGGGGAAGUUCCUGGAUGAGUUAGCAGAUAUACAGACCCAUCAUUCCACUUACAAACUAAUGUGUGAGGCACUGCUUUGCACAGAUGCUGCAGCCUCCUGGGCACAGGGCUGUCUCCGUGGCAGAGGUUGGAAGGGCAGACAACCUCACCAAUCCCUGUGUGGCUGAGGAAAGACUUGCUGCUGUGAGGAGGGGUUGUGCUGGGCUUGAAAUUACUCAUCUCAACUUCUACACGGCCAAGUACCGUGCUCUGCCUUUCCUCACCUCACCUGGGUGGGCACCACCACAAUCUCCCCCUUACUGCCUUCUGCCUCUUCUACUGUCCUUUCUAUUCCAAAGACUUAUUCAUCUCUAGAGUUUUGCUGUUGAUCAAACCCGGAGCCUCAGGCAUGACAGGCAAGUACUGUACCACUGAGCGAUAUCCUUAGCCCUACAAGGGCCUUAUGGAUGAUUUUAAUACUACUUUUCCUUCCUAUUGGUCAGGAAGUUUCUCUGCGUAAGUGGACCUUUCUGCAGGGUAGCUUCGGUAAAGACUUGGAAACAAAACAAUGCAUAUCAAAAAUACCAGCAGAAACUUAAGAGCACAGACUGUAAAUAUUUCUUUCCCAGGUGAAAGCCAACAGGGCACGAAUCCACACUUGCCAACUGACCAAUGUGAUGGCAAACCCAACAUUACCAGUCUCGAACUGGUGCUUAAAGUAAGAAUUCAGAACGCCAAAGAAAACGAUUUCAUUGAAAUUGAACUGCACAGACAAGCGCUGAGUUACCAGAACCUACUACAAGUGAGCUGCUGUGAACUAGGGAUUGCACCAGAACAAGUAGAGAAGAUGAGGAAGCUGCCAAACACACUGCUCAGAAAGGACAAAGACAUUCAAAGACUCCAGGACUUUCAGGAGAUAGAGCUCCUCUUGGUGAAGAGCGGAAACUCUGAACGGACUCAACACACAGCAUCACCUCUGACAGAGAGACCCUGCUACAACAGUGAUGCAGCAAAAUUGACUUAUUAGCUCCAAAUGAGAAGGUUUUGGAAUCAUUUUGUCAAUUAAUAAGGCAUAGGCCAUGUGACAAUUUGGCUAACCACAUUUGAACUCUGGGAAAUUUCCUCAUCUCCAACCUUGCUGAGUAGGAAUUGUUUGACAAUCACGUGAGGCCACGUUGAUUCUGAAGCGUUGAAGCACAAUAUUGACAUUCUACUUCUGUGCCCAGCUCCACUUUCCUAUACAAUGGAAGAACUUAUGAACUGAGUGAACAACUAACUUCUCCAGGUGAGACUCACAACAGCAGCUCACAUCACUGUAGCUGGUGGCAGCUUCGUUAGCUCCUCAGCCAAGUCUUCUGAAGCCCACUUCUAAGUGGAUAGCCGUGUCAUGUCGUUAUAAGCCCUCAGCUGUAACUUGCCCGUGUUCACUCACACAUUCCUCUUGCUACUCCUUCAAUGUCAAGUCACCUCCAAUCCUUACAGGAUGAGUUUAAUUAAAACACCAGGGCUCCUCAUGAACCAACAAAUUCCACCUGCAUUCCCAGCAGCUGAGUUUUGAGGGAAGAGAAAAGAUACACAGGCCGGGCACAGUGGCACAAGCCUUUAAUGCCAGCACUCAGGGAGGCAGAUCACUGAGUUCAAGGACACCCUGGGCUACAGAGAAACCCUGUCUUGAAAACCAAGCCCUGCCCCAAAGACACACAGUAGGCAUUACCCAAUUGCCAGAGGAAAAUGGUUUAUUAUAGCAAUGAAAUAUGAUUCAUAUUGGAAUGAGCCUCCACCUGCAAUGGGCUUGGUAUCCAGGACUCUAAUGGAAGGAGCACUCUCCUGACAGUGCUUUUAAAGCACGCCAGCUCCAGUGUUCCAGCAGUACCUGAUUAUGACUGGUCACGAUGAUAGUUAAGUGACAACUCCCCUAAUUGUGUUUCCCCUUCAAUAAUAAGGAAAAUUUAGUAAGAAGCUAAAGGACAGUUAAUCGCUAGAAAUCACCACUUGCAGAACGUGGAAGAUUGUUUUAAAAUUAAUAAAUUUAAUUGAAAAACAAAUUAGUCAGGAAGGUACUGUUAUCCUCUAUUCUAAUGGCAAAACCUAUGAAGGUGUUAUCCAGUGGCUACUUAACAGUUCAGACAAUAAUCCAAUCACAAAGCUAACUAGCAAAUUCUUACCUGCUCUAAUAAGCACACUACUCCAAACAAAAUAGGGGUGGGGAUAGGGGUGGAGCAUGGUGAUCUACCAGCCCAGAGGAAUUUAGACACUCUGUGCAGCUGAGGGAUAAUCCUGAAUCUCCCACAUGCCAGCAUCACAGAUGUGCAGACCCUUUUCUGUAAGUCCCAAGGCAAACCCUGAGAGCUUCAAGCAGCAGCACAAUUAGUUUUACGUCAUAUCUUGAAUGUAAAGACAACCCCUGCACAACUAACAACUCCACUAAAUAAUUCCCAAAUUGUAUUAAGUGAAAUGAACCAAGCAGCAGAACGUUAGAACAUACCUGGGUUAGAAGAAUAUCAACACUCUUGACUCCUAGCUGCAUGCAGCAAGCUGCGUGCUUACAAUGAUGAAGACUGGAGGACAAUGCACUUCCUUUUGUGCUCUUGUCAGCUAGUGGAAGAAGUCCUGCUGCAGCUCACUGCCACACUGAGGAAGAGGGCAUUAUCAGCAUGCUUACAUGCAUGCCGAACUCACAGCUCAGACACCAGCUCACCCCAAACGGACUGAGUUUCACCUGAGUAGAAUGUGGUGGAAAAGGACUGAGAGAAAGUAAUGCUUGGCUAUGUGAGCCUACACAUCUGCUGGUGCCCUUCCAGUCCUAGCCCCUUUUUCUUAGAGUAAACGUCUUUGUUAAUACUUCAUGGUAUUUAAAUCUUCCUUGGAAAACUGUUUAGGAGUACCCAUUCCCGGCUGCACCUAAACAAAAGAUAACACACAGCGUGUGGCACAUCGAUCACGCAAGCAAUUUGGGAGAAAGAGUCCCAACUCCCACAGCAGCCUGGGCUACAGUGAGAACAGCUCAAGAAUGAAAGGAGAAGGUGUACCUUUUAAAUCUGUCAUGCAUUGAGGUUAACUAAGUUUACCAGUCACUGCCUACACCAAGACCUUUUCCCACUUAAGAAAAUUUUAUUAAGAAAUAGUAUAUACACAAAAGAACACAAACAUACAGUUCAAAAGGAAAAAAGCUUGAGAAAGAGCAGUAGCCAUUCCUCUAAAACCCCUUUGCCCUCCAAGGUCAUUCUCAAAGUAGCAGCUAACCAUGAUCUAUAUGUCAACUGUUUGCUUCAUUUACCAUGUAUUUUUAACAGCCUGUUUUGACCUUUACCGAAGUGAAUCUUAAUAGAUAGAUUCUUCUGUGGCUUGCUUUUAAGGGACAUAUUAAAAUCGUCAUCCAUGGUCA